GUGUUGCGCUCCGGUCCCAUCUGCGUCAGCGGGUGUCGCUGCGGCUGCGUGGCGGGUUGUCCAGGUAACCACGGGAGUUGUCGCUGUCUGGUGGCAUCUGAGAGACAGGUGUUCGUCAUGCAGUUGAAGCACCUGAGGACCCUGCUGACGCCUCAGGAUGGAGCUGCAAAGGUGACCUGCAUGGCUUGGUCCCAGAACAAUGCCAAAUUUGCUGUCUGCACAGUGGACCGAGUGGUGUUGCUGUAUGAUGAACAUGGGGAGCGGAGAGAUAAGUUCUCCACCAAACCAGCUGACAUGAAGUAUGGCAGAAAGAGCUAUAUGGUGAAGGGCAUGGCUUUUUCUCCUGAUUCCACUAAAAUUGCCAUAGGACAGACCGACAACAUCAUCUAUGUCUACAAGAUUGGAGAAGAUUGGGGUGACAAGAAAGUUAUCUGUAACAAGUUCAUCCAGACGAGUGCUGUUACUUGUCUGCAGUGGCCAGCAGAGUACAUCAUUGUCUUUGGACUGGCUGAAGGGAAGGUUCGUUUAGCAAACACUAAGACUAAUAAAUCAUCUACCAUCUAUGGGACAGAUUCUUACGUGGUAUCACUGACAACAAAUUAUUCUGGGAAAGGAAUUCUCUCUGGUCAUGCAGAUGGCACUAUUGUUAGGUAUUUCUUUGAUGAUGAAGGCUCUGGAGAGUCACAGGGGAAAUUGGUUAACCACCCAUGCCCACCCUAUGCAUUGGCUUGGGCAACCAACAGCAUCGUGGCUGCAGGCUGUGAUCGGAGGAUUGUGGCCUAUGGAAAGGAAGGCCAUGUGCUACAAACGUUUGAUUAUAGCCGUGACCCUCAGGAGCGGGAGUUCACCACAGCUGCAGCAAGUCCUGGGGGCCAAUCUGUUGUGCUGGGAAGUUAUGACAGACUUCGGGUGCUCAACUGGAGCCCUCGAAGAAGCAUCUGGGAAGAGGCAAAGCCCAAGGAGAUUGCCAACUUAUACACCGUCACUGCCUUGGCCUGGAAGCGGGAUGGCUCACGACUGUGUGCGGGCACGCUCUGUGGUGGAGUGGAACAGUUUGACUGUUGCCUCCGAAGGAGCAUUUACAAGAACAAGUUUGAGUUGACAUAUGUGGGACCUAGCCAGGUGAUUGUGAAGAACCUAUCAUCGGGGACCCGAGUGGUACUCAAGUCACACUAUGGCUAUGAGGUGGAAGAGGUGAAAAUCCUGGGAAAGGAACGUUACUUGGUGGCCCACACAUCAGACACGCUGCUACUGGGGGACCUGAACACUAAUCGCCUUAGUGAGGUAGCUUGGCAGGGAUCUGGUGGCAAUGAAAAGUUUUUCUUUGAAAAUGAAAAUGUUUGCAUGAUCUUCAACGCUGGAGAGCUAACCCUGGUGGAAUAUGGGAGUAAUGAUACCCUGGGUUCUGUACGUACUGAGUUCAUGAACCCCCACCUUAUCAGUGUCCGUAUUAAUGAGAGGCAUCAGCGAGGAAUGGAAGAUAAUAAGAAACUGGCUUAUCUUGUUGAUAUUAAGACUAUUGCUAUAGUGGAUCUGAUUGGUGGCUACAACAUUGGCACCAUCAGCCAUGAGAGCCGUGUGGAUUGGCUGGAACUUAAUGAGACGGGGCACAAGCUUCUCUUCAGGGACCGGAAACUUCGUUUGCAUCUAUAUGAUAUUGAAAGCUGCUCUAAGACAAUGAUCCUCAACUUCUGCUCCUACGUGCAGUGGGUCCCAGGAAGUGAUGUGCUGGUAGCUCAAAACCGAAACAGCUUGUGUGUAUGGUACAACAUUGAGGCACCUGAGAGGGUCACCAUGUCCUCUAUCAGGGGUGAUGUUGUAGGUCUAGAGCGGGGCGGGGGAAAGACCGAGGUGAUGGUGACUGAAGGUGUGACUACAGUUGCCUACACACUGGAUGAAGGCCUUAUCGAGUUUGGAACAGCCAUUGAUGACGGCAACUACACCCGGGCAACAGCCUUCUUGGAAACUCUGGAAAUGACCCCAGAAACAGAGGCAAUGUGGAAAACCUUGAGUAAACUGGCACUAGAGGCAAGGCAGCUACACAUUGCUGAGAGGUGCUUUUCUGCUUUGGGCCAUGUAGCAAAAGCUCGAUUCCUGCAUGAGACCAAUGAGAUUGCAGAUCAAGUGUCUCGGGAAUAUGGUGGAGAAGGAACAGACUUUUAUCAGGUCCGAGCACGUCUAGCCAUGCUAGAGAAGAACUACAAGCUGGCUGAAAUGAUCUUCUUGGAACAGAACGCUGUUGAGGAGGCCAUGGACAUGUACCAGCAGCUACACCGUUGGGACGAGUGUAUCGCUGUGGCUGAGGCCAAGGGGCACCCAGCCCUGGAGAAGCUGCGCCGCGGUUACUACCAAUGGCUAAUGGACACACAGCAAGAGGAGCGAGCAGGUGAACUGCAGGAGAGCCAAGGGGAUGGGCUAGCAGCCAUCAGCCUCUACCUUAAAGCAGGGCUCCCUGCCAAAGCUGCUCGGCUGGUGCUGACCCGAGAGGAACUACUAGCCAACACAGAGCUGGUAGAACACAUCACCACAGCCCUUAUCAAGGGGGAACUGUAUGAAAGGGCAGGUGAUCUCUUUGAGAAGAUUCGAAAUCCACAGCAGGCCCUAGAGUGCUACUGUAAAGGCAAUGCAUUCAUGAAAGCAGUGGAACUGGCUCGUUUGGCAUUCCCAGUGGAGGUGGUGAGACUAGAGGAGGCGUGGGGGGACCACUUGGUGCAGCAGAAGCAGCUUGAUGCAGCCAUUAAUCAUUACAUUGAAGCCAGGUGCUCCAUUAAGGCAAUUGAGGCUGCCGUGGGUGCCCGCCAGUGGAAGAAGGCAAUUUAUAUAUUAGAUCUACAGGACCGGAACACUGCGUCCAAAUACUAUCCUCGUGUGGCCCAACACUAUGCAUCUCUGCAGGAGUAUGAGAUUGCUGAGGAGCUCUACACUAAGGGAGACCGGACAAAAGAUGCGAUAGACAUGUAUACCCAGGCUGGCCGCUGGGAGCAAGCCCACAAGCUGGCGAUGAAGUGCAUGAGACCAGAAGAUGUUUCGGUGCUGUACAUCACCCAGGCUCAGGAGAUGGAGAAGCAGGGCAAGUACCGGGAGGCUGAAAGGCUAUACGUAACAGUAGAAGAGCCUGAUCUUGCCAUCACCAUGUUCAAAAAGCACAAGUUGUAUGAUGAUAUGAUCCGCCUAGUAGGGAAGCACCACCCAGAUCUCCUCAGUGACACACACCUACAUCUGGGCAAGGAGCUGGAGGCUGAAGGCCGACUACAGGAGGCUGAGUAUCACUACCUUGAGGCCCAGGAAUGGAAGGCAACAGUGAACAUGUACCGGUCCAAUGGGCUUUGGGAAGAGGCGUACCGGGUGGCCAAGGCUCAUGGAGGAACUAAUGCCCACAAACACGUGGCCUAUCUGUGGGCAAAGAGCCUAGGAGGAGAGGCUGCAGUCAGACUGCUUAAUAAGCUGGGACUCCUGGAAGCUGCUGUUGACCACGCUGCUGACAACUGCUCCUUUGAAUUUGCUUUUGAACUCUCUCGGCUGGCGCUCAAGCACAAAACCCCUGAGAUUCAUCUCAGAUAUGCUAUGUACCUGGAGGAUGAGGGUAAAUUUGAAGAAGCUGAAGCUGAAUUCAUCAGGGCUGGUAAACCCAAGGAAGCAGUCCUCAUGUUUGUCCACAACCAGGAUUGGGAGGCAGCUCAGCGUGUAGCCGAGGCCCACGACCCUGACAGCGUUGCCGAGGUGCUCGUGGGGCAGGCCCGGGGGGCCUUGGAGGAGAAGGACUUUCAUAAAGCAGAAGGGCUGCUGCUUCGGGCCCAGAGACCAGGCCUGGCCCUCAGUUAUUAUAAGGAGGCUGGAUUAUGGAGUGAUGCCCUGCGGAUCUGCAAGGACUACAUGCCUGGCCAGCUGGAGGCUCUGCAGGAAGAGUAUGAGCGGGAAGCUACUAAGAAGGGGGCCAGGGGCAUGGAGGGACUAGUGGAACAAGCUCGACAGUGGGAGCAGGCUGGAGAGUAUAGCCGUGCAGUCGACUGUUACCUCAAAGUGCGGGACUCAGGAAGCAGCAGCCUGGUGGAGAAGUGCUGGAUGAAGGCAGCUGAACUCUCCAUCAAGUUUCUGCCUCCCCAACGAAGUCUGGAAGUAGUUCGGGCUGUAGGACCCCAGCUGAUUGGAAUUGGAAAGCACAGUGCAGCUGCAGAGCUCUAUCUGAACCUGGACCUAGUCAAGGAAGCAAUCGAUGCUUUCAUUGAGGGUGAGGAAUGGAACAAGGCCAAGCGUGUGGCCAAGGAGUUAGAUCCCCGGUAUGAAGACUACGUGGACCAGCAUUAUAAAGAGUUCCUCAAGAACCAGGGCAAAGUGGACUCGCUGGUGGGUGUGGAUGUAGUGGCUGCUUUGGACCUAUAUGUGGAGCAGGGCCAGUGGGACAAGUGCAUUGAAACAGCUACCAAGCAGAACUACAAGAUUCUGCACAAGUACGUGGCUUUGUAUGCGACUCACCUGAUCCGAGAGGGUGGCUGUGCCCAGGCACUGGCCCAGUAUGUGCAACAUGGAGCCCCUGCUAACCCUCAGAACUUCAACAUCUACAAGAGGAUCUUCACUGACAUGGUGAGCUCACCUGGGACCAACAGUGCUGAGGCCUAUCACAACUGGGCUGAUCUUCGGGAUGUCCUCUUCAACCUGUGUGAAAACCUGGUAAAGUCCAGUGAGGCAAACUCUCCAGCCCAUGAGGAGUUCGAGACGAUGCUGCUGAUCGCUCAUUACUAUGCCACUCGCUCUGCGGCCCAGAGCGUCAAACAGCUGGAAACUGUGGCUGCCAGGCUUUCUGUUUCGCUGUUACGCCACACCCAGCUCCUACCUGCAGACAAGGCCUUCUAUGAAGCAGGCAUUGCUGCCAAGGCAGUUGGCUGGGAGAACAUGGCAUUCAUCUUCCUCAACCGCUUUUUGGAUCUGACGGAUGCAAUCGAAGAAGGGACUCUGGAUGCCCUUGACCACUCUGACUUUCAGGAUACAGACAUUCCCUUUGAGGUGCCACUCCCAGCCAAGCAGCACAUACCGGAGGCUCAGAGAGAAGAGGUUCGAGACUGGGUGCUCACAGUCUCAAUGGACCAGCGGCUGGAACAAGUUCUGCCUCAGGAUGAGCGUGGUGCCUACGAGGCUUCCCUGGUGGCAGCGAGCACUGGAGUUCGGGCACUGCCCUGCCUCAUUACUGGAUACCCCAUUCUGAGGAACAAAAUUGAAUUUAAGCGGCCAGGGAAGGCAGCUAACAAGGACAACUGGAAUAAGUUCCUUAUGGCUAUCAAGACCUCCCACAGCCCAGUAUGCCAGGAUGUGCUGAAAUUCAUCAGUCAGUGGUGUGGAGGGCUACCCAGCACCAGCUUUUCCUUUCAGUAACUGGUAGAGCUCAAGGAAGAGUUAUUAGAUUCUCUCCCUCAUUAAAGUCUUGUAACUGAGACCACUGUAUUCUUUGAUGAAGGUCACCCCCAACACCAAUCCAGUGUCCUUUUUCCUCCAAAAGAAUCAUAAUCAAGUAGAAUAAAAGAGUUCUUUUAUUAUAAUUGUUUAUAUCAUCCUAGGAGUCAGUGGAAAACUCUUGGGGACUGAGCCUCUGGAUCAGCACCUGCAUGAUAGGAGGUAGCCUCGGUCAGAGGACAAACAGCAUAGCAAAGGACUCAACCCAGUUUUAAGAGUGGUUCCCUGCCCCCACCCUUUUCCCAGGCCACAAUCCUCACCGCCCAUUACCUGUCCUAAACCCAACUUUUCUGUGAUGCCUGGAUUUCUUGAUUUUGAUCCAGUAGCUGUUCAUUUUCCUGCCUUUUAAAUUUAGGAAGUUCAAGCUCUGUCAGUUCCACCAGCUGCAGAAGAGGGUAGAGUUAGUACUCCGGCCCUGAAUUAUAGUUCAGCAUCUUUUCAACACAGCCAAUCUGUGUUGAAUGAACCCUUCCUGUUCAUCUUCCUUACCUGCCCCUGUAGUCCUUCCUUCCUGCAGGGCCCAACCCCACGUAGAGUGAGUGCAGCCACACAGCAGUAACCAGACAGAACAGCCUCCGCUGCAGACAU